AAAUUUUGAGCGGUUGAGAUUGAACUAUACGAAUUCGCGUCGAAGUGAUUGAGCCACCUUUUUUGUUGCUUUCCUGUGGCAGCCAAACGAAGAAGUGUUAAAUUGAUUUUGCGAUACUUUCGCGACAGCAUCGCUUCGGCGGGCGAGUGUGUGUGUGCGUGUGAUUAAACAUAAAUAACGUGCAAUUACGGCAAAACAAAUAUGUGCAAUUUUAAUGCGAAAUAAUAAGAGGAAUCUCUUUGAUUUAUGUGUGUUUACAAAUAAAUCGAAAUAAGCGAUUGAAUGUGCAAAGGAAUCUCAAUGAACAAUCGAAUUGAAUGAAAAGUCGCUGGGAAAUUUGAAAGCAAGGAGGAAACGCAAGGAAAGCAAGUUGAAGGAUAUGCCUCAAAGCUGAUCGAUUGAGCGAGUGAAUGAUUGCGCUGCCAGUUGGUUAAAUGCUACACAAUGUCGGCCAAGCACAUCGAGCAGUAUACGAAUCCCUCCUUCGAGCAGGAAUCCGACCCACCGCCUCCCCCAAUGCCCGUGGGGGGCGUGGCAGAUGUGGGAGCAGGCAGCGCCAUCAGCAGCAGCAGCAAUGGCCACAUUGCCAACGAUGCCGGCACGGCAAAUCGCAAAGGUCACAGGCGGCAGGAAUCGAUGUACCAGAUGACCGGCCUCUACUCGGAGACGAAUAGCGGCGACGACAGCAGCAUAGAUGCGGCCCUAGACCAGGACAACCAGCCCCAUCCCACAUCCUACGUGGCCGGGGAUCAGCCAGGAGGUGGACCACCAGUGGCGGCCGACAGCGUGACGGUGAAGUGCCACAGUCGACAGGCAUCGGCGGGUAAAUGUCCGGCUGAUCCGGAGGAGGACUUCGACGAGGAGCAGUUCCGAUCGGGCGAUUGCGGCAUUCUCAAUUGCAGACCCUACGGAAUCCAGCGAUUCGCCCGCAUCAAGAUCUUUGUGGUGCUGCUCUCGCUGCUGGUGAUGAUGCAGCAGGCCCUCAGUUCGGGCUACAUUAACUCUGUGAUCACCACAAUCGAGAAGCGCUUCGAGAUCCCCUCCAGCUAUUCGGGCUUGAUAGCCUCCAGCUAUGAGAUCGGCAACGUGAUCACGGUGAUCUUCGUUAGCUACCUGGGCAGCCGACGUCACAUUCCCGUGUGGAUUGGCAUCGGAGCUGUAAUCAUGGGCAUCGGCUCGCUGGUGUUUAUGGUGCCGCAUUUCACGGGCGAGCCCAAUCCGGGAAUAGCGAUCGUCAACAAGACCAGCGACAACAUUUGCAAGAGUGCCUUGGUUAGAGAUCAGGACAUGGACCUGGGUCGCCUGUCCAGCGGACUGUCCAAUCAACCCCUGGCGCCGCACACGCUGCGCGAGGACAACUGCCUGGAGGGCAAGGCCUCCACCACUGGGCCGGUGCUACUCUUUGUGCUCGCCCAGCUGCUCCUCGGAUGCGGAGGCAGCCCACUCUUUACGCUGGGCACCACCUACGUGGACGAUCACGUGCGAACGGAGAGCUCCUCGAUGUACAUCGGUUUCAUGUACAGCAUGGGAGCCUUUGGGCCAGUGGUGGGAUUCCUGCUUGGCGCCUACCUGCUGUCGUUCCACAUGGACUCACUCUCCUCCACCACCAUAUCGAUCACUCCCGGCGACAGACGCUGGGUGGGAAUGUGGUGGGGCGGUUUCCUGCUAUGCGGAGUCAUUCUGCUGGUGGUGGCCGUGCCCUUCUUCUCAUUCCCCAAAGUGCUCGCGCGCGAAAAGAAAAAGAUACGGAAGAGCAGCGUAGUGCAACCCGUUUUGCCGAACAACUCUAGAGCAACUGUGGCGACGGAUGAGAUGGGCAAGGUGAAGAAGCUGGAGAUAGUGGCCGUGACCAGCAAGGAGGACCAGUCGCAGCCGCCGCCCAAGGUGGACACGGGCUACGGGAAGGACAUCAAGGAUAUUCCACAGUCGAUGCUGCGUCUGGUGAAGAAUCCCGUAUACAUCGUGACCUGCCUGGGAGCCUGUAUGGAGCUGAUGAUUGUCUCUGGCUUCGUGGUCUUUCUGCCCAAGUACCUAGAGACGCAGUUCAGCCUGGGCAAGAGCCAGGCCAACAUCUUUACUGGCUCUAUCGCCGUACCAGGAGCCUGUAUUGGCAUCUUCCUCGGCGGCUGUAUCUUGAAACGAUUCCAACUGAAGCCCAAGGGUGCCGUCCAAUUUGUCCUGAUCACUAACGUCAUUUGCCUGGCCUGUUACGCGAUGCUCUUCUUCCUUGGUUGCGACAAUCUUAAGAUGGCUGGCACCACGAUUCCCUACUACACCAGCAACAAGCAUGGUUCUACCUUGGAGCAGCCCUUCCAGGUGAACCUCACGGCCGCCUGCAACUUUGGCUGUGAGUGCCUGACCAGCGAGGUGGAGCCGGUGUGCGGCAACAAUGGACUCACCUAUUUUAGUCCUUGCCACGCCGGCUGCACUGCCUUUUCAUCCACAUCCAACACCAACUACACCAACUGCGCCUGUGUUCGCGCCAACAUCUCGAGCAGCAUUUAUCGUGGCGCUGGUGGCAGCCAAGCCCAGGCGCUCAACGCCAACGAGAACUUCGCCGAGGUGACGGUGGUUCCGGUGGCCACCGCCGGUCCAUGUGCCACGCCAUGCCGCACCAUUUAUCCGUUCCUCAUACUGCUAUUUUUCAUGACCUUUUUGGUGGCCUCUACGCAGAUGCCGCUGCUCAUGAUCGUGCUGCGAUCGGUAUCCGAGGAGGAACGUUCCUUCGCGCUUGGCAUGCAGUUUGUAAUCUUUCGACUUUUCGGAUACAUACCGGCUCCCAUUCUGUUCGGAAAUCUGAUCGAUUCCACAUGCAUUCUCUGGAAGUCGUCCUGCGGCGAGAAGGGCGGUCGCUGUCUCAUCUACGACAUUGAAAAGUUCCGAUACAAAUAUGUUGGACUGUGUGCAUCUGUAAAGCUGAUUGCCUUGGUUAUCUUUAUGGUGGAUUGGUGGCUGGUGCGCAGGCGCAAGCAGCUUGAGAAAAUGAAGCCGCUUAACGCCAGCGAUCCCAUAAUCGGAUCCAUCAUUAGCCUAGACAAAUUAUUUGAAGAAAAGCUGUCGGGUGCCGAGCCGUCAACUGCUUUUGUUGGUGGUGGAGGAGAGCUGAUCAUACCUACAGAGAUACUUCGUCAUUCCCGCAACGAUUCACGCACCAUGCAAAUGGAUUAUUGCUACGACAAAUGCGGUCAUGUGGUGACACCGGCAAACACAUGCAACCAGCCACAGACCAAGUCCAAGAAACACUUCCGAAGUGCCUCUUGUGACGUAAAGAUGAUCAAGAGCUUUGCCCGGGAUCACAACUCAUCUAGCGGGCCUGCGGAUGCGGCAGGUCAGGAUGCUGGUGGUGCCAGCACAAAAUACAAGAAUCUCAAAAAGUUCCAAGCGCACACGCGCAAUCACUCGACAGACCUACAGGACUCCAGCCAACCCAUCCGAUAUAUUCAGAACCAGCUCCGACCGCAGGACUGCGCCGAAGAGGACGAUGACGAAGAGCUGACCACCGGCUGCGGACAUUUCGUUAAAAAGCACUCCCGGAACCACAGCUACGACCAAAUAUACAUGCCCAAUAACAUACGCUUCGAUGCGGACUUUCUACGUCAUCCCCAUUCACACCAUAAUCCCAAGAAGAAUGUGAAUGUUUUAAAGAAUGUGGUUUCGGAUAUUGGAAAGCUAAAGAAUUCUAAUGAAAUAGAAGCUGGCGGAUCUGGAUCACGUGGACACUCCCGCAACAACUCGAAGGACUUGAACACCAAAAUUACCAGUGGUACUCCUGCAAACAACGCAUCUGGUCAGGUAGUAACGGAGGCCAGCACCACGGGCCUAAGUGUGCUGCGACAUCGGCGAACCAACUCCAAGGAUCUAAAUUAUCAAGUGCUGUCGGAGUCUGCUCCCUCCAGCUCCGUGUCAGGGCACGCACAUCCACAGCACACGCGAAACACGUCGCACCACAAGAUACAGAUCGAUGACGAUCGAAACGAGCUCAUUCAAGACAAUGAUGAUGAAGAGGAGGAGCGUUCCGCGUGUGCUUAGUGCUAAGCCAUGUAGCUUUAAGCUAGGACUAUCGAUUUGUGGCAACAUCAUCAAUGUCUCCAUUCCUGGCGGCAAUUGCCUCAUCGUACAUUGAGUGUGUGUCGUUCAUAGCCGUUUCCUGAUGAAGUGACUCAUCCCUCAGCUGCUCAUUGUACUUACGACCGAGUGUUCAAAUCUACUAAUAGAAGGCAUCUGAAAAUAGAAAUCUUUUGAUAUAUGCAACAUUCAA